AUGCAGUCCACCUCUAUAAACGAGAUCCCCCUAGGUGUUACUCAAUCCCUUGAAUGGCGCCGUCACCAACUAUUGCAGCUCGCUAAAAUGGCCCAAGACCAUGCUGAGGAGUGGCUCCAGGCAAUCGCAGCUGACUUAGGGCGUCCUAUCGCAGAGACUCACCUCAUGGAGAUCGGGCCCGUGGUAGAGCGUGCCGUCGUAUCUGCUGCUCUGCUUGAGACUUGGGCUGCACCUGAAGUCUUCACAAAUGUCGUCCUGGACUGGCAAAAGUCUUGGAAACCCACUGUCUACAGAGCCGCCAAGGGAGUUGUACUUAUCGUCGGGCCUUGGAAUUACCCUAUGAUUCUCAUCCUUCAACCUCUCUCUGGAGCAAUCGCUGCGGGUUGCUGCGCUGUUGUAAAGCCUUCUGAGGUUGCUCCCCGUUUCGCCUCGCUGCUUGCUAAGCUCCUUCCCCGAUAUCUGGAUCCGUCCGCCUUUCGGGUUGUCCUGGGAGGACCAGAUAUAGGUGCUCGUAUGAUGGAAUAUCGCUGGGAUCAUGUCUUCUUUACUGGAGGAGAGAAAAUCGGACGUAUCAUCGCAGCAGCAGCCGGCAAACUUCUGACUCCAGUCACUCUGGAACUCGGAGGCAAGUCGCCUGUUAUAAUCGACUCCAAGUAUGAUAUUAAGUUGGCCGCCAAACGAAUCCUCUGGGGGAAAAUCGCCAACUGUGGUCAGCUCUGCGUCUCUCCUGAUCAUGUUUACAUCGCUCGAGAGAAACAGGAAGAGCUUAUCGCAGCUCUCAAAGAAUGCUGUCAUCAAUUCUUCCCCGACGGUGCUCUGGGUUCUGGGUCAAUCGGGCACAUUGUCAACGAAACGCAUUUCAAUAGACUCAAAAGCCUCUUAGCACGGACACAGGGCACCAUCGUCCUAGGCGGACAAACGGAUGAUAAAUUAGGGAUGGAACCGACUAUCGUUGCAGAGGUCACUGCAGAUGAUUCCUUGAUGGAAGAAGAGUUGUUUGGACCCAUUUUACCUAUCCUCCCCGUGAAUAGCAUAGAAGAUGCAAUUAGCCGGAUCAGAUCAGGGCCUCACCCUCUGAUGAUGUAUGUAUUCACGAACGAUCAAGAAAUUAAGAAAAACGUCCUCGCAAACACAAUAAGUGGACAAAUCACCUUCAACGACACGCUCUCCGAGCUCGCGGUUAAAGAGCUGCCAUUCGGUGGCAUCGGUGCUUCAGGAUCCGGUUACUAUAAUUCGCGUUAUGGUUUCGACACUUUUUCUUAUCUCCGGAGUUCGAUUGAUAUGCCUCGCGAUGCCGAGCAGUCCCUAGAGUUCCGAUAUCCGCCCUUCACCGAAGAAAAGGUCGCCUUCUUGAGAACGACAACCUUCAUGAAUAUUCCGAGUAAUCUUCAAGUUAAUAAGUAG